CUUCAGCACAUUAUGAACGAAAAGGAAAUCGUUGUCAUUACAGGGUUCGGACCGUUCAGACAGUUUUGGGAGAACCCCAGCUGGAGAGCAGCUCAGGAUUUGAAAGUGGCUGGACUGGGAGAGAAGCUCGAGGUUUCCAUCAAGAAGCUUCCGGUCAGUUAUUCCUCAACUCAUCAGAUUAUCUCUGGAAUCUGGAAAAACCUCAAACCAAAGUUUGCUGUCCAUGUGGGCAUCGCAAGAGGUUCCAGUGUUGUCAUUUUGGAGCAAACAGGGAAGAACUGUGGUAGAGACAGGGAUGUGUGUGGCAUCUGCCCCACAGGUCACUGCUGUAUCGAAGCCGGACCAGAGAAACUGGACUCGGUUGUGAACAUGAAGACCAUCUCCAAGCACUUUCAACACAUUGAGAUGGAUGUGAUUUAUUCCAGGGAUGCUGGCAGAUACCUGUGUGAUUUUGCGUAUUACUGCUCGUUGUAUCCCGGUGAGCGGAGAGCAGCUUUGAUCCACAUCCCCUCAUCGGGCAGUCUCGCCUCAGCUGACAGACUGGUUCCUUUUCUGCAGGCCGUCAUUGUGAGAAUGCUCCAACAGCUGGAAGACCCAGAACAGCCCCACACGUCACACCCCAUCAGCACACGUGAAACAAACUGUAGCAUGACGGGAAAUAAUACAGGCAGUCACUGCUCUCAUUGA